AUAUUUGCCCCUCCUCCGUCUCUAUACAAACGACUUUUCACUCACAUUUCAGUUGAGUGAUACCAUAAAAUUUAAGCAAUCGACCGAAAUUAUACUGUCUCACCCGCCAUGGCGCCACCAAAGUCCAAAAAUGCCGUUGGACUGGGGAAUAGUUUGAUGAAUGAUCGUUUCGGGAAGGGAAAAGGUAGUGAUCGCAAAAAAGCUUCCUAUAGCGCUGCUGCUGUUCAACGGACUGGUCCAAACGGCGAAACCUAUAUUACGAACCCAAAUGAGGAGGCAUCAUGGGUUAAAAUGCGAAGUAUCACCGAGCAAGGUGCUCUGGAUGAGUUUCUCAGCACAGCAGAGCUUGCCGGCACGGAUUUCACGGCCGAGAAACUGAAUAAUGUCAAAAUCAUACAUACAGAUCAGAGGAAUCCUUAUCUACUUUCUGCAGCUGAUGAAAGGGCUGCAGUCAAGAAGCAUCAACGGAAUCGUGGCAGAUUGACAGUUCCCCGUCGACCGCAAUGGGACAAAUCAACAACCCCACAACAGCUGGAUAGAAUGGAGCGGGAGAGUUUACUUGAAUGGAGACGAGGGCUUGCAGAGUUACAAGAACACCAGGAUCUACUAUUGACUCCAUUUGAGAGGAACCUGGAAGUUUGGAGGCAGUUGUGGAGAGUUAUUGAGCGGUCAGACCUGGUCGUGCAAAUUGUUGAUGCGAGAAAUCCCUUACUCUUCAGAUCGGAGGACCUGGAAAAAUACGUGAAGGAAGUUGAUCCUCGGAAGCGGAACUUGUUAUUGGUAAACAAGGCAGAUAUGAUGACCGAGAAACAGAGAGAAAUAUGGGCGGAUUAUUUCGAAGAGCACGGUAUCAAUUACAAAUUUUUCUCGGCCGCAUUGGCCAAGGAGAGCCUCGAGGCGAUGGAGUUGGCUAACAAAGACAUGGACAAGGAUGUCUCAGAGGAGGAGGAACUAGCUGAUAAUACAAAGAGGUUGAACAUUGACGAUGCAGAAGAGGAUUCCAGCGAAGAGGAAUCGGAGACUGAUGAGGGUGGACCACUCCCCAACCUCCCUAGAUCGCGCACGCAGAUUCUUACGAUUGACGAACUUGAGGAACUCUUCCUUACAGCUGCACCGCACAUACAAAAAAACGAAGGGGAGAACGGGAAACCCAAACCAACGACUGUUGGUCUUGUCGGAUAUCCUAAUGUUGGUAAAUCCAGUACAAUAAACGCCCUCCUUGGCGCGAAGAAAGUAUCAGUAUCUGCCACGCCGGGGAAAACCAAACACUUCCAAACACUCUAUCUCUCACCAAAUCUCCUCUUGUGUGAUUGUCCCGGUCUGGUCUUCCCUAACUUUGCAACAACAAAAGCGGAACUUGUCGUAAAUGGUGUUCUACCGAUUGACCAGCUUCGCGAAUUCUUGGGCCCGGCCGGUAUUGUGGCCAAACGCAUUCCAAAACCCUUCUUGGAAGCUGUGUAUGGUUUUAAAAUCAAUAUGCGACCUCUCGAAGAGGGAGGAACUGGAGUUCCCACGGCUUCCGAAGUUCUUCGUGCAUAUGCGCGCGCCCGAGGCUUCGCCACCACCGGUCUUGGCCAGCCUGACGAAUCCCGCGCUGCAAGAUACGUAUUAAAAGACUAUGUUAGCGGGAAACUCCUGUUCUGCCACCCUCCACCUACUUCCGAAUCCGAAGUUGAAGCUGGGAAGAAACCGAUCGAUCCGGCAGAGUUCAACCGAGAAUUAUACGAUAUUUCCCAUCUACCUCCAAAGAGACGUGACGCUCUCCUUAAUCAGGGGUUAGCGCCCUCCUUGUCCGGCUAUGAUGAGUCGUCUAGCCACGCUGAUACCGAUGCCGACACGAACGACGACACCUUAUCGCUCCCAUCCUCUAUCGUUUCUCACCCGCAGGGUGCUCGCUCGCGGAACCUGGACACUGGCUUCUUCUCGUCAGUUGGCUCAGGAGGAGCGGGACAUGUUAAAAUGCCCUUCAGUUACCAAUAUACUGAACAAGGUGCUAUUCAGAGACAAAAGGAGCUUUCUGGUCGAAAACAAAGAAUGAUGGUUGCGUUAGAGAACGGGGUUGAUCCUUCGGAGCUUAGCAGGGCUGGCAAGAAGCACUUUAAGGGUGGGAAGAGAAAGGAAAUAGAACGAAGGAAGAAGGCAUUAUCUAAGACAGGGGAGGAGGAUUUCUAUUAGAUGGUUGAUAUAACGUAGAUGAGGGACAGCAAGCAGCCUUCUUACUAUGGUUUUUAUAUUUUCUUCUAAGUGUACAAGUCCACUUUCGCUUCGCGAGUGUUCGUUUCUUUUGGAUAUACGAAUGGAUGAGGGUUAGAUCUAAAACGGCGGGGUUAAUGAUUAUACUUGCAUUUUACUUAGUUAUUAGCAAUCCUAUUUACAUUCGUCACUAUUAACAUGAUUAUUGUUGCUAUCAAAGCCCAAUGGUAUCUGCGUACAUACGAGAUGAUGAUCGUUUGCGAAAGUCGUUCGUGCGUGAAUAACCCUUGGGAUUUGUAAAUAAGAAAUCGUUCUUCUAUCAAAUUUGUCUAUUAUCUAUUAUUCAUAAAUCUAUCCUGAAAGGUAUUAGAUUUAAAGU